AUGCAUGCAUAUUUGCUCGUCGCCUGGGGCAACAUAGAAGCUUUGAAGUCAAUUCAAAAGAAUCUACAAAGAAACGUCAUAUUUGUCCGUCUCGUCAAGACCAAUGGCAAAGCAUAUCACUCACGCCAUAUGCUUCCAGCUAUUGAAAGAUACCAAGGACUUGUUGCCAAAACCAAGAAACGGGUCACUCAAACGGACAGUUCCAGCAAUAUCAAGAUGGUAUCAUCUGUGACAAACUCUGUUCUGCCCAGCGACGCAGUCCUCAACGAAACGUAUUGGAGCACCAAUAUUGUCAACCCCGUCUUGUUCAAUCAAGCAGUACAAAUAGCCCUCAAUUGUGAAAAUACUCCGAAGGUGGAUAUCCUGAUCGAGAUCGGACCUCAUUCUGCUCUUUCAGGACCUGUCAGGCAGAUUAAGGCCAAUAUGCAAGAUGACAAGUUGCAGUACCUACCGACCCUCUUGCGUAAUUUCCCUUGUGCCAACCAAGUCCUCAAGCUGGUUGGCGAACUUUUCCUGCGAAACUACACUCUUGAUCUCGCAAGAGUGACUGCAAUCGAAGAGGUGUACCAAUCUGGAAAGAUAAUUCCGCGAAUGGGCAACCUCAUCGUAGAUCUUCCGCCCUAUCAGUGGGACAAGACAAAAAUGUACUGGGCGGAGUCAUGA